GUAUAUAUAUAUAUAUAGGCUAGGUAUUGUGUGGGUACAUACUUAAGAUGCCCAGCAUUUCUUCUGCACCACAUCCCCUUCCUCGUAUAUGCCCUUGUAUCAUUUGGCCACCUGUUUGACCGCCGAAACACCCCCAACAAGACGAAAAGCUCCGUCAGGAUGAGUGAGCGUUCUGGUGCGAGCAGUCUAGCGGCCAUGACACUGGAGGAGCCAGGGGCUGAACAGGCAUCUCCCAGAGCCCCGGGCCCUCUCCGCUGCGGCCCCUGUGCUGUGUGGCCUCGCCAGCAGACCUGGCUGUGUGCCGUGCCCCUGGUAAUGGGCUUUGUGGGACUGGGACUCAGUCUCAUGCUGCUGAAAUGGAUUGUUGUGGGAUCUGUCCAAGACUAUGUCCCCACUGAUCUGGUGGAUCCCAAAGGUAGCAUUGGACAGGACCCCAUAUUUCUCUCCAAACCCAGUGCCAUGCCCAAGGGCCCCGACAUUUCCACAGCCACCACCACUUCAACUGCCUCCACCACGGCCAUGGUGUUGACUACCACGCCGCUAGCUGCCGACGGUACAGCUCCGGCGCCAAGAACUCGAUCGGGGCCACCGGCGAACCACUCGGCCAACGGCAGCACUGCCAACGGAGAUGGCAGUCGCGCCCCGCACCUUCACAACCGCGUCGGCACCCGCAUUAGUGGGACUGUGGUUACCACCUCCACCACUCGCGCCACCCGACUCACCCCACCACUCAGCGGUAAGGAGGUCACCCCUCGCAGCACUGUUAGAAAAGGAAGCAGCACCGUCGGUGGACGCAACGGAGCCGCCAACUCUAAGCCGGGGCAGACCUCUGCCACCGUCACCACGACAGCAUCCACCACAACUACGGCUACCGCGAAGGCCACCGCUAAGGCGCAGCCGACCACCUCCCAGCAGGCGGCGCCAGUCAAGCCCACGUCACGCUGGAAUCACGGGCGCCCAGGCAAGGGCCCGGCCACACGCCCACACCACCGCUUCCGAACACCAGUGGCCCCCACACUUCCCAGUCUACGUUCAGAGGUGUUCAAGCCAUGUGUGGAAGACAAGGACCUGGCCUUUUGCCUAAACGAGGGAGAGUGCUCCAUCAUUGAAACUGUGGCUGGGGUUCACAGACACUGCAGGUGUAAGGAAGGCUACCAUGGACUACGCUGUGACCAGUUUGUACCCAAGACAGACGCUAUCUUGUCAGACCCAACGGAUGAACUCGGGAUUGAGUUCAUGGAGAGUGGUGACACUUACCAGAGGCAGGUGCUGUCCAUCUUCAGCAUUGCCUCCGGGAUCUGUCUUCUUGGAGUGGCGUGUAUGGCUCUCUACCGCCGCAACAAAAGACACAGGGAAAAACUCCAGGCUCAUUUCUCUGAGAGCCGCAGCCUGAGGGACUGCAGUGUGAACGCCUCUGGCCUCAUGUCCAAAUCUACUCCCAGGCUCCAAUACAGCCUCCAACUCCAAAAGAGCUGCCGUUCUCACGGAUCAUCUGUUAAGGGCAGCAGCGUGGCGGCAGCAGGCACAUCAACAGUAGCGCCACCUAUUCUCAGCAGAGCGCUGUCUAAAGGGAAACGCUUCAGGAGUAGUUCCCUUUCACUCAGUCCUGCCCAACAACGGAGGGAGACCAGUUACUUCAGGACCCCACCCAUCUCGAGAGGGAAACACAAAAUAUCGACCAAUCUCAUUGAUGGAUCCAGAGUGAAUGGCCACGUCUACAAACACUUGCAGGAGGAUGAGCCAACAGACAUGGAGUCCAUAAGAAGGUGUGAUUCUGCCAGCGGAAAGGUCGGCGCCCUCCUCAGCAGGACGUCACUCUCUCACUUCGCAGCCAGAAAGGGAUGGACCGAGGUCCCAUCCACCCGUCUGGAUAAGGGAACAACCUACCUUCCACCUUCCCUGCGCACCCGUUCUGUGCCCAUCAUUCCCUCCCUGCAAGCAUGUGACCUCGAGAAUGUGGACACGAGUGAGCGGAACCAACGGGCGCUCCUCAGGUGGCACCCCGCGUUGGCUGGAAAGACAGCGGUGCCCGGGAGCGGUUCUCCGUCUUCGCCCUGUGAGAGUGUCAGGCUGGCGCCUGGUGUUAUGCCCAGCAGUGUAAGCCCUCCUGCCACCAUCAUCGUUACACUGGGGUCGAAGAAGAAUCUCAGCUCCGCUCAAACACCCUGCUCCUUUGAAAUUACAGUGGAACUCGAGCAGGAAUUAAAACAGAAAAGCCUCUCCAUCCCCAUGAAAAUGUCCGGCUCUCAAAGCGAGAUCCACCACGGUGGCACAAACACUCUCGAGGCUGGGACUGUGCAGGAGUCAGAGGGGAAUUGUGUCCAAUGUUCAGCCAGAGUUCUGCACACAGGCGGUGGGACCAGAGGUUUGAAGGCAGCAGGCCAAAGAGAAGCCCAGGGACAGUGCCAAGGUCAGACGUCCCUCGUGUGCGGAGGCGCACACUUCUCCUUGGCCAGCAAAGGGCCCAGCUGCAGAGGAACUGGAAACGCUUAUGCCAGGCCCUCUGCAAGCUGAUUGGAUUAACUCUGUAAAGCUUCAAAGACACUGUAUUCAAUAACUGUAUACCUUUACUGGUGGCACAGGAUGGUUAGCAGGUGGAACCAUCUGUGAGGCCACACGGACCAAUAACAGAAGGCCGUCAAUUUUGAUGUAACAUGAACAGAUUGAACUGCAGUCAAAAAAAUACUGACAUCUAAUUAUAAAGAAGAAGAGACGAGCAAACGCACAUUGUGAAUAAAUGUGACUCAAUAAGGAAAACAAAACCAUGACUUGAGUGGGAGCUUGACUUAAACAGUGUUUGGAAAAAAAUGCCACUAUUUAAACGGAGCUUCUACUUAGAAACCAAAAUAGUGUGUCAUCUCUAUGUUGUUUCUCUAUUGUAAAGAAAUGAAAUUAUAUAUGUCAUAUAAUAUAUGUCAUAUAGACAUAUAUAUAUAUUUGACAUACAAUUGUGACAAAAUAAAGACUAAGAUAACAGUGUUAAUGAAGGGCUUUGUUCAUCUCAAUCCAUUUUUAUUACAUGUGAAGAAUGUCUGUGCUUGUGUCUUAGAUAUACUGAAUAAUCCAUAUAAAUACCAAAGAUGUUCAAAUCACAUCUGACAUAGAAUAUGCCUAUAUGGUGGGCCGUCAGGGCCAGCUAAGCGUUCUCUGCUGGCCUAAACAGAAUCACAAAG